CGUCGACGUGUAUCGUCGGCCGCAGUUAGACCGAGUCCGCUCGCGCAUUCACAUUAAUUUCGAAUCCGCGCUUGUGCUCUCUCUCUCUUUUUCUCUCGGCCGGCUCUCCCGACUUGCCGGCUCGAUCCUCCUCGUCGAUCCUCGCCGAUCCUCGCCGAUCCUCGCCAAUCCUUGCCAACGUGGACCAACGUGGACCAACGGUGUAUCCGCUGACGGGAAAAGAAAUGCCCGUGAAUUCGAGUUCGUUUAACGCAAGUACGUCGAGGAGAGAGGAUACGUCGUGAGAGAUCCAGUUGAGUUUUAUAUUCGUCGUCGGGUGUCAUUUGUUGAUCGUCGAACACUUUCGAGCUGGCUCGUGUGUAUCUAGUCGGUUCAGGAUCGAAGGAUACCAUUCGCGUAAGGACACUGAGAGUCAAAGUGUAGUACGAGUGUUGAUCGAAAAGUAUCCGCAAUUCUAAUCCUCUGUGCGUCCUUAGGGGCUACCUUGAAGAGAUAAAUCUUCUUCAGAGACACCUUGUAUAAUAUAACAGUCUGUUUUCAUACGGUUCUGUUCGCGUUUCCUGACUUGUAACUUCUCGUGACACAGGCUGGGGACUCGUUUUAGUUGUCCUGUUACCGUUGUUAAAGUAGUUCUUCCAUAAAAAAAUGAUUUAAGCUAAAGUUACCCUAUUUACCCUAUUUCCUCGAGGAAAUCGUGGAUACUUUUCGAUCGACUCUCGAGGAAUUGGCUCGUGUUGAAUCGACAGCGAAAGUGCACGAUGAACAUUGCACUUGUGCCAGAUACCGCACGUGAUCGUUUCACGGAGAACGGAGGAAAACCGGAGGAAAAGGAUGCGUUUCUGCGUGGAUCGCGAAGAGACGGAGAAAACGUGUAGACGCGCGAAGGAGCCAGUGUGUAUUGAUGUGCAGUGAUCAGGAAGUUGGUGAACGCCGGAAGUAAGGUCUUCGAACGAGUUCGUUGAACGAAGGAGGAAGGAUCGAGCCAGUUCACCCUCGUGAGAAACCUUGUCCGUCCUUUUUUUUUUUUUUAUUUUUUUUUAUUUUCCUCAUUAAUACGCGCGUGACAAGUGAACCUUUUAACCUUUCGACGUCGUAAUGACACCGAGAAUGGAAAUAUGAGGACUGUGGAAGAUCGUCUACUCGAUCGACGCAGCUCCAGUCCUGUCGACCAUAAAUGACCGAUGUGACGCAGCCCAUCAGGAAUAUUUUCACGCAAAAUGAUUCGUGCCCUUGUCCUUCUGUGCAUGGCCAUUCUACCUCUCGUACGAUGCCACAAGAUCCACGAACACAUGACAAGGGAAGAGAUGUUAUCAGUGUUUCACACGGGACACGAAUCUGUACCAGCGUACGAAGUUGUUCCUGUGUUACAUUCGGUGCACAAAAGGAGUAUACAAGAAAAACCGGAGAUACAUUUGAAGGCCUUUGGGAAGGACAUCAGUCUGUCGCUGAAACCCACGGAAGGGUUGUUCGCAGCGGACCAUUUGCCCAUGUGGACCGUAACGAAGAAUGCGUCGCAACCUGAUGGCCUCCGCUACGAGAAGGUGACGGAUGCUGACAUAGGUAUCGGUGACAUCUAUCAAGACACGACGAACAUGGCGUCUAUUUUGCUGCACCAGGACGCAAAUGGGAAAGUGCUCGUUGAUGGCAACAUUGGUUCAGAACUGGUGAUUCGGCCACUGCCAGACCGUGUAUUAAAUGAAUUAGUAAGUAAGAAUACAAGUUUUAACGAUGCCGAAUUACUGCCAAAUGUAACGAGAAGAAAAGAGGACUUGAAGAGGACGAGUCAUCAUAUAGUUUUCAAAAAAAUGACGCGUUCAAACGGCGAUCGAUACAGCGAUUUUACGCUGAUGGAACCCGACCAUUUGGCCAAGAAAUACAGAUCGAAGCGCUCGGUCGGUGAUAGAAGAAAGAGGGAAGCACCAUACGUCAUCUAUCCGGAAAUCCUUUGUAUCGUGGACUAUGAUGGAUACAGAUUGCACGGAGGUGACAAUGUACAGAUAAAAAGGUAUUUCGUGUCCUUCUGGAACGGGGUAGAUUUAAGGUACAAGUUGUUGAAGGGUCCAAAAAUUCGCAUCAGCAUCGCGGGAAUAAUUAUCUCAAGGGGAAGAGAUGCAACACCGUACUUGGAAAGAAAUCGCGUUGGAAGAGACGCGAUCGAUUCAGCGGCUGCGCUGACAGAUAUGGGCAAAUACCUCUUCCGGGAGAGAAGACUUCCGGUCUACGACAUUGCGGUCGCCGUCACAAAAUUAGAUAUGUGCAGGAGGCAAUACGCGAAUGACGUGUGCAAUAGAGGAACAGCAGGAUUCGCAUACGUGGGUGGAGCUUGUGUUGUAAACAAGCGUCUGGAAAAAGUGAAUUCUGUCGCCAUCAUCGAGGAUACAGGAGGAUUUAGCGGAAUUAUAGUCGCAGCCCACGAAGUUGGCCAUUUGCUGGGUGCAGUUCACGAUGGUUCACCGCCGCCCAGUUACCUCGGAGGACCCGGUGCCGAGAAAUGUUACUGGGAGGAUGGCUACAUCAUGAGCGACCUUAGACACACCGAAAAAGGAUUUAAAUGGUCUCACUGUAGUGUGUCGUCGUUUCAUCACUUCCUAAACGGUGAUACAGCAACGUGUUUAUACAACGCACCCCACGAAGACGAAGCACUUCCUCGAGUUUUACCUGGGAAACUCCUCUCGUUGGAUGCACAGUGUAGGAAAGAUCGUGGAACGAGCGCUUGUUUCAAAGACGAGAGAGUUUGCGCUCAAUUAUUUUGCUUCGAUGCUGGUUCAGGAUACUGCGUGGCAUAUCGUCCGGCAGCUGAAGGCUCUCCCUGUGGAGAUGGUCAGUAUUGUCUGAAUGGAAAAUGCGUAGCAGAACACGAAAACAUUAUACCAGAUUAUACACAAAAUAUCCCAACGUAUGUGCGCCGGGACGGCACUUACAACCCCACAGCCCAUAAUCGGCCCAUGUUCGCCCAAUACAACAACACAGAUUACAGGUAUCCGUGGGAAUCGACGACACAGAGCACGCCACAAUCAAAAUCUAAAUAUUCUUCACCGUCGUCGUCGUCGAGUUUCUUCUCGUCGACGAGCAAUCCUAAACGCGUCACGUCAUUUGCAACCUCUGCAACGAGCAAAUACACGUAUACGACUGCCAGUUAUUUGUACGCCAAUAAAUACAAGACUAAACUUAACAAUAGUAACGAUAGUUAUAGUAGAAACGGCAAUGGUAGCGCAACAACUAGAAGAUACACGAAUAAUUUGUAUUAUACAGUUAGCCCUUUCUCAAAGGUCACCAACGACCUAAAUUAUCGAAAAAUUAGCCCGUUCAAACGUAAGAAUACAGUGAGCACGAUGUCGUUUCCGUCAACAACCAAAGGAGAUGAAAAUGGGCCUCAAAGUGAUGCUCGUGGACCAGAGGGCGAUGAGUGUACGGACGUGGGGUCAGAUUGCGCGGAGCUGAUUGACAGGAUGAGAACAUGGCUGUGCCACUUGCAAUCCAUAAAGGGUCGCUGUUGCGCGUCACUGAAGACGAUUUGCACCGCUUGAUAUCGGCGCUGCAACCGACAUUGGAAUCGUUUUGAUACUUGGCCUGGCCAACCCCCGAGCUAAGAUCCUGACAUCGGAACGCGUUCGUCCUGCAACCUGCACUCACCACGCGUUCAGCUCAUCGAGCAGAAACCUCGAAAAUUGGGAAAUCGUGUACUUUUUCUCUCCCUUUUCCUCGAUCCGUCCACCUGUAAGGAGGUUUCACGAUUUCCGGAGGACCUUUUAUCGAAGUUCUAAAUACAGAACUUAAACAAGUGCAAUCCCGUUCAAUUAAGUAGUUACGCAUCACUGUGUGUUACCCAGAUAUAACUUUCUUCCUCCUCCUCCUUUUCUUCUUUCUUUUUCUUUCUCUUAUUUCUUUUUUUUUCACGCUAGUACCACAACAGCUUUGUACAGUUGGCAAGUAAUUAAAAGCGUCUAGCGCCAUGAAAACCCUUUCACCCCCUAUUGUCCGAUCAUCGGACGGAUGUUCGUUCGAUGCACGUGAUCACGAUGGAGAGACUUGUAUCGUGUUAGGAAUCCCAUUGUAUGGUGCAACGCGUGCAACGCAAGAACAAACUUCCCUAAGAAAUCAUGCAAAAUUGUAGAACGCAAGAAGACAAAUAAAAUGGUGAUUAUACGUACCAGCA